AAGAUUUUAAGAUUCAAAAUUAUUUGCAAAACAGUUAACUUUAUUAUUCAGACAUGUUUUAAGAUAUAAUAAAUUGAAACCAAAGUUCAACAACCAAGCUAUAUCGAUUCAGUUUUUUUGGCAUAAAAUCUAUUAUUAUCCAAAUCAAAUCUAAAUUGUAUAUCUGGAUAAAUGCUUUUUCUUACUGUCACGAUAAUUAUUUUUAAAUAAUAAAAAUUUAGAAAUAAAAUUUCAGUUAAAAUUUUAGCUUUUUAUUGCAGAAAAUCUAUAAUUAUCUACAUUAUCUGUAAGUAACAAUUUUAUGCCGCUAUAAAAAGAUUUGUUUUCUUCCAUAUUUCUUCAUUAAACAAAAUUCUAAAUAAAUAUGGCUUCUUUAAGAUUUAUUUUAUGUUGUGUCUUAGUAAAUUGUGCAUGUGCCACAAUAGUUUCUCACGAUGGUCGAGCCAUCACCAUUGAUGGUCAUCGCCGAGUCCUCCUUUCUGGUUCAAUCCAUUACCCUAGAAGCACUCCUGAGGUAUUUAAAAUACCAUACAUCGAACACUAUGAGUCGCUUAUUCUUCUGUGUUUACUACUAAUUAUAUUUGUUUUGUUAAUAUGUUUAGAUGUGGCCAGAUCUUAUAAAAAAGGGUAAGGAAGGUGGUCUUGAUGCGAUCGAAACUUAUGUUUUCUGGAAUGCGCAUGAGCCUACUCGCCGUCAAUAUGAUUUCUCUGGAAAACUAGAUCUUAUUCGAUUCCUAAAAACCAUUCAAGAUGAAGGACUGUAUGGUGUUCUUCGCAUAGGACCAUAUGCAUGUGCCGAGUGGAAUUACGGGUAAUAUUAUAAAACAGAUUUAACUAGUCUCUUUAACUGCAGUAUAUAUAUCAGCUUAAUUAGUCUUCAUCAUUAACAUCUUGUGUAGUGAUAUAACUAUUUCCCAUAUAUUGUUUAGAUCGGUAAAUGGUCCACUGGAUUGAUUUUAUUAAUCAAUAUACCAAAACUUAUAUAUCGUAAAUGUCCUCAUCUAGUCUCUUUAAAUUAUAUAUAUAUAUACAUAUAUAUAUAUAUAUAUAAAUUAUCAUAAUGAGUUAGCCUCUUGUAUUAUGAUAUUAUGAUUUCCCUUGUAAUAUUUUUAAUUUGUCAGUUAUCUAAUCAUUUUUAAAUAGAGGAUUCCCUGUGUGGCUGCACAACAUGCCCGGAAUGGUGUUCAGAACUACAAACAAAGCAUAUAUGGUAAUUUUACCGAUCAGAAAUAUAUUUUUUUUAUCAAAUAUGUAUUCUUCUUAAUUAAAUUUUAUAUGGAUCAUUUAUGUAUAGGAUGAGAUGCAAAACUUCACAACUAUGAUAGUAGACAUGGUCAAAAAAGAAAAGUUGUUUGCAUCACAAGGAGGUCCAAUUAUCCUUACUCAGGUGAUCGAUCUAUGUCCGAAAUACAUUAUCCCGUCUGGUAAUGUUAUAUAAAGUUCUUAACAUAAUUGUUUUAAUUUUUUUUAUUAAUCAUACAGAUUGAAAAUGAGUACGGAAAUAUAAUGGGACCCUAUGGAGAAGCGGGUAAAUCAUACAUUAAGUGGUGUGCAAACAUGGCUCAGGCUCUCGAUGUUGGUGUUCCAUGGAUAAUGUGUCAACAAAAUGAUGCCCCUCAGCCUAUGGUAACAAGAUCAGCCUAGUUAUAAUGAAUAUUUAUUUUAAGAUAUUCAAAGGUUAACCAUUUUAAAUCGUUUUCUUUUAUAGUUGAACACAUGUAAUGGCUUUUAUUGUGACAAUUUUACACCAAACAGUCCCAACACUCCAAAGAUGUGGACUGAGAAUUGGACCGGAUGGUUAGUUUUAUUUUCAGUAUGAUUAAAUAUUUUUCUUGCUUUUAAAAUAUUUUAUCAUAUAUAAAUAUUGUGUGUCUUAUAUUUGUUUAGGUUUAAGCAAUGGGGUGGUAAAAAUCCUCAUAGAACAACUGAAGAUGUUGCAUUUUCUGUUGCAAGAUUCUUCCAAAGAGGAGGAACUUUUAAUAAUUAUUACAUGGUAAAAUAUAAUAAUUAAAAAAUAAUUUAUUUAAUUACGUAAGCACACAAAAUAGUCAUUAAUUAGAAUAAUAAAUUGAAAUACUUUUACUUUUAUAGUACCAUGGAGGCACCAACUUUGAUAGAACCGCAGGUGGUCCAUACAUCACAACUUCAUAUGAUUAUGAUGCUCCCCUAGACGAAUAUGGUAAAUUUAAAUUAUAGUCAUAUUUUAAUCUAUUUUUGCAGUUUCUAUUUUUUUAACAUGGGAUUCUACUAGGUAAUUUGAACCAACCAAAAUACGGUCAUCUGAAACAACUUCAUGAUGUUCUUCAUUCUAUGGAGAAAACUCUCACAUACGGAAACAUCUCCACCAUUGACUUUGGAAACUCCGCAUCGGCAACAAUUUAUACAACCCAAGAAGGAUCUAGCUGCUUUUUUGGAAACGGAAAUGAAAAUUCAGAUGCAGCAAUUAGUUUCAGAGGAGAAUCUUAUGUUGUCCCAGCUUGGUCUGUUACCAUUUUACCGGAUUGCAAAACAGAGGCUUAUAACACCGCCAAGAUUACCACUCAGACUUCAAUGAUGGUUAAGAAACCAAAUGAAGCUGAAGAGGACCCUUCAACUCUAAAAUGGUCAUGGAGACCAGAGAACAUGGACAAUUUCCUUUUGAGAGGAAAAGGAGAAUCUACAAACACACAACUCUUUGAUCAGAAAGUAGUAAGCAAUGACCAAAGUGAUUAUCUAUGGUAUAUGACUACCGUUAAGUUUAGAAAACGAGAUCCAUUUUUGGGUAAAAACAUGUCUCUCCGCGUCAAUAGUACUGCUCAUGUCCUUCGUGUUUUUGUCAAUGGAAAACAUAUUGGUAGUCAACACGCUGAAAAUGGAAAAUUUCACUAUAUUUUUGAGAAAGAUGCAAAGUUUAAGUCCGGCCGUAAUGUCAUUUCUCUCCUUAGCAUAACUGUGGGACUUCAGAACUAUGGUGCUUUCUUCGAAAGUGUUCCAGUUGGAAUCACUGGACCGAUUUCAAUUAUUGGAAGAAAUGGUGAUGAAACCAUAGUUAAGGACUUGUCUUCUCAUAAAUGGAGCUAUAAAACCGGUUUAAAUGGGUUUGAGAACAAACUCUUUAAAACGGAAUCACCGUCUAAAUGGUCAUUCCAAAGUGUACCAUUGAACCGAACCAUGACUUGGUAUGAGACUACGUUCAAGGCUCCAUUGGGAAAUGAUCCAGUUGUUGUCGAUCUUUUGGGACUUGGAAAAGGUACAGCUUGGGUCAAUGGAAACAACAUUGGACGCUAUUGGCCGGCAUUCAUUUCAAGCUCUGAUGGUUGUUCUGCGAAAUGUAACUAUAGAGGGGCUUAUUAUGCGGAAAAGUGUCAGACCAAUUGUGGAGAACCUACACAAAGAUGGUACCAUGUUCCUCGUUCUUUCUUGAUCACAGAAGGACAUAACACACUAGUUUUGUUUGAGGAGAUGGGAGGAAACCCAUCGCUCGUCAAUUUUCAAACUACUAUAGUGGGAAGUGUAUGUGCCAACGUCUAUGAGAAAAAUGUUAUUGAGCUUUCAUGCGAUAGGAAAACUAUUUCUGCCAUCAAAUUUGCCUCUUUUGGUAACCCAGAUGGAAAUUGUGGAUCUUUCGUAAAGGGAACCUGCGAAGGAAGUAAAAACGCUGUUGAUAUUCUAACAAAAGAAUGUGUCGGAAAAGAGAAGUGUUCCAUUGAUGUCACUGCAGAAAAGUUUGGAGUACCAGAUUGCAGUGGUGCUGCUAGAAGGCUCGCUAUUGAAGCUAUAUGUUAAGUGUUUUCUAGAUUUAUGGUGUUUUAUCGUAUUUCUAAAUUAUGUAGUACUUUUCAUUUUCAAAUAUUUAGUUCAAUUUACUCAUUACUGGUUGUGAACUUAUUCAAUAAAUGUACACAUUAUUCUUUUUCUCUUGGAAAAUCCAUGGUCAUUUCUUCUCAACAAUCCCCAUUCUCUCUUAAAAAUAAGAUAAUUGUUCUCUUCAGUAUCUAUUACUUUUCUCUUUUGUUUAUAUUUAUAUCUUUCUUAUCUACUACAUAUAUAUUCUCAUAUGAUUUUAUCUAAUCAUUAAUGAAUUCAAUGACAUUUUUAUUCUCUUGUAUAUCAAAUAUUUUUAUUGAACAUGUUUUUUUUUACGUCAAACGGUCAUUCUAUUACACAAACUUGAGGUGGUCUGGGUAACAAGACCGGAAUAGAACAACCAAUGAAAAGUAACUCCCGAUGGAAGGAUCUAGCAGUCUUAGCUAAAAAAUCUGAAAUUUGAUUACGCGCUCAUGGAACAUGAGUGAUGCAGAAAUCCGGGAAGCAUAUCUGUAGCGUCUCUAUCUUCUCCAAUUCUAUCGCAAAGCUUGGCCAAGGAUGAGGUUCCUCUAACAUUGCAAUCAGCUCCUUACAGUCAGUCCCGAAGCUCUGGCAUGUUGAGUGUUGGAGCAUAUUCUCCAUUGCCCACCGCAGUGCUUCUACUUCCGAAUGCAAGGCUGAUUUCACGUCUAGUAAGAUUUCUUAUCCCCAUGAGCUGAGUAAUCCCCCUACUGUCCAUCCAAACCCAUCCACAUCCACUAAAAUUGGCAGAUGCAAUCCAAGAUCCAUCUAACAAGCAUAUAUUACCCAAGCUUAUGACUUGGGGGCUGACCACAUUGUUCUCUUGUACCCCUGGUUGUACCACUUCGUUCGCAUCAAACCAGGCCUGACAUUCACUCUCUGCAUAUCGAACCAACUCCAAAGGAUCUCUAUCUAUCCCCCUAAACAGUUUAUCAUUCCUAGCCAUCCGGAUAUACCAAAUUAUCCAGGGAAAAGGGUACCUGUCUUGUUUCGACUCGAUAAUAGAGUUUUUCCUCCAUAAUAGGUAGUCCAUAUUUGUGUAGACACUUGAUACUGGAAAUACCUCUGGGCUUGUUGGAGUUGCUGAUAAGGUCCAAGCCUGUAGCGCUGUCGGGCAUUCAAAGAUGGCAUGUGUUACAGAUUCUUCUAAUUCUCCACAUUUUGGACAAUAGUUAUCACAUCUCAUAUUGCGUCUUUGCUAAAUACCUUGUUACUGCCACAUGCCCAGUUACAACUGCCAUAUAAGAUGACAUAUCUUUGUAGGUGCCUUCAGCUUCCAAGCAAAGGCUUGAAGCUUGGUGAUACUCGGCUCCAAGAUUUCAUGCUCUUCCCACGUGUUUAAUAAAUUUUGGGCCACCCAAUAUCCAGAUUUAACCGUGUAUUGGUCAUUUCUUGUGUAGCUCCAGCAAAAAAUAUCAUGACGAUGAGAUGAGAUUAUGGCCAAACUUCUUAUGAGCGGUAUGUCAUCAAAAUUGACGUAGUUCUCCAUUAGUCCAACAUCCCAAUCCUUCGCUGUCUGAUUAAUGAGAUCAAUGAUUCUCAUAUUGGGAUGCAUAACUGGUGUAACAGGGAUAGCCGGCCUCGCUGGGAUCGUUAGGAUCCCUGGAUCCUCCCACACCUUAACAUGUUUAAUGAAUAUGUUUAGAAUGAUUUCUGAUGUAAGAACAUGGAGAAACACAUUCUUCUAAGUCAAUGUAUUCUAUGUCUUUAUAUCACAUUUCUCUAACUUAGACUUUUGGUUUUGAUCUUUAUCUUUGAAACUCUUAUGCAUAUUGUAUUAUAUUCUCCUUCCUGUAGAUAUACUGGAAGUUCAAUAAAAUUUUAAGCGCGUAAAAUAAAAAAAUUCAUCACGAAGAACAACAUAUUUCAUAAAAAAUUAUUUUAUAUUAUUUCUAGAUCCUUUAAAUAUUUACAGUCAUGCAACGACUUCUUAAAAAAAAAAUUUAUGCCCUUUAAAUUAUGAAUUUAAGUGUAUUAUAUCAUACACUUUAGAUAUACAAAGCUCUUUAGUUAUAUAAGAUUCUAUAUAUAUAAGUUUUUCCGCCUGUCACAUACUAAUAAAUUUAUAUUUUGUUUCAGUCAGUAUAUGAAUAUAUACUAUGUUUCCUUGAGGAUUAAGUAACAAAAUACAUAAAUCUUUUGAGAUGUUUAGAUUUGAAAUGACCUCUAUGAAAGCAUAGUUCCCAAGUAUCACUAAAUGACAUUGGGCAUGUUUCUUUGCUCAUCUAUCUAUACCAUCUAUAUAGUUUAUUCAGUUAUUUCAGUCAAAUGAUUCAUCUUAAUGUUGUUUGUUUAUAUUCAAAUUUUCAGUUGGAUAGAGCAUCUAAAAAGAAAUGGUUUGCUUCCUUAUUUGUUGUUAAUUUCCAUCUCAAUAUAUAAAAGUUUCAAUUAGAAAAUUAACUAGAAUCCUCAUACUUUGAUCUAAAUAUAUUUAGAACUUGAUUUUUCAAUUUUGAAAAAAAAAGUCAAAUUUUAUGGUUUUCAUGGUAAAUCAUUAUUUCUUUUGGCGGUGUCUUGGGAAAAUGUGAUUUUUAGGUUUUCACGGAAAUGAUAUUUUGUAGUUUUGCCAGAAAAAAUGUAAUUUUGCAGUUUGGAGGGAGGGGUGGUGGGAAAAUAUAAUUUGCGGUUUUGACAGGAAAGUUAUUUAUUUCUUUUUUAGCAGGAAAUGUGAUUUUACCAGUUUGACGGGAAAAUAUGUGUGGGAACCAAAAUUCGCACUAUCGAAUUUGUAUGGGGAGAAAGCGUAGCUUUUACGCCUUCUUUGAGGAUCCGGGUCUCUUUGAAUACAACGACAAGUGAUCAAGCAAUAUUCAAAAAAAGAGAAGGUAAAUCGUAACGAAAUUGAGAGCAAGAGAUUAAUAUGCUUAAGAUUCGGGUCUUCUUUGAGGAUCCGGGUCUCUUCGAAUACAUCGUAAGAGCGUUUGCGAUGUUACAACAGAUUGUAAAAGUCGUGGCAGCAAGACCUGUGAGCGAGCUCUCUAGUUCUAACCACCUAAACCUUAAACCUAGUUGAGUAGCAGCUCGAUAACUUAAACUAAAAUAAGCCUAAAAUUCUUUAAGUGUCGAGUUUCUCUGUGAAUUAUUAUGUGUCCCUUCCCCUCUGCCUAGGAUCCCUUUAUAUAUGCCUCUAUUGUUGUUUGUCUUUCUUUUUAUGUCUUGAUUUGCUUUUAUCCUUUUGCGGAGAUUCUUCCUUAUUUUCGUGAAAUUCAUGUUUAUCUUAGAAACUUUAAAUUGAUCCGCCUUUUUCCAUUUUUCGUCAUCAAAGUCAAGUAAACCGACAUUGCAAUCCGGGAUGGUUUACGUUUCAAGUCAUGAGGGGGCUUUCAUCGUGUUUAGGUUGUUUCAGACUGUUAUAUGAUUUAUGCGUUUCAGACGGGUUUUAUGUCGUUGGUCUUCUGAAAUGAAGAAAAUCAAUUCAUUUUGUCUCAAUCAUGAUGGUGUUAAGUUAACCAUUCUAGACUUGACAUUUGACUUAAAAUUUUAUGAGAAAAAAACAUCUUACUUGUUUUCUCUGUAAAAUCUCACUGAAAAUUCUGAUUACGACUAAAAAGGACAUUUCGAGCGAGAUUCAAUCGAGAACAUGAUGAACAGUGGAUAUCGAAAUGAUGAGGCUUCAUAGGCAGUGUGAAUAGACAUUGAUGGGGAAGAGAGAGUACAUGGGCGAUGAAGACUCGAGAAGAAGAUGUUCGGACAAUGACGACUCAAGGAGAAGGUACCAUGGGAAUGUUGUUGGGAGAUGAAGGCAUGAGGCCGCUUGAAGGGUGAUAUGGACUAAGGAGGAUCUUUACGGGCGAUGUAAAACGAGAUGAAUCUAGACGGGUGAUGCAAAACGAGGGGCCAUGCUUGAUGGGAUAUGAAAAUUAUGAUGUCAUGUGUGAUGGGCAAUGCAAAUCGUGAUGCUAAGCUUUACGGGCGAUGCAAAACAAGAUGUAUUUCUUGAUGGGCGAUUCAAAGCAAGAUGUCUUGCUUGAUGGGCGAUACAAAGUAGAGAGGAUAAGAGAAGUGGACCCCACGGGCCAUGAGGAGGCUUCAUGGGUGAUUCUGAGCAAGGACAUGGUGUUUGGUGUGCGAUGCUGAACAAGGAAGAGAAAGGAGGUCGGUCCCAUGAGUGUUGAUUCCUUUCUAUAGUUCCUUUUUUUUCUCUGUUGAUCGCUUCGUAUAUUUCUUGAACUUUUUUUUUUGUGGAAGAUUAUCUUGCAUAUUUUUUACGAGAGUUUUUCGACGGAAACUUUCUGAAUUUCGUUUUACAGAAAAUUGUUUCGUCUAACUGGUUUUAUGAAAGUUUUCCGUUAAAAUCUUCCAAACGUUGUUUUGCGGAAGAUUGAUUCGUAAAAUUUAUUUUAUGUAAUUUUUUCCCCAUAAACUUUCUGAAAGCCGUUUUACGGAAGAUUGUUCCAUAAAGUUUGUUAUUUCUCGCAUAAACUUUUCAAAUGAAUUUUUCCUGGUCUUCAUGUUUGGAAAUAAAUUCUUUGAUUCCUUGUACUAGAUGAAAAAUAUGAAGUUUUUUCUUGUAUCUUAUGCAUAUAGACUCGGCUUAUGUGGUAAAGAUCUUAAAUAGAUCUUAGAGAGAGAAUUAUAAAUACAUUUGAGGCCCAAUUGCUAUUAACUGAACCCGAUCUAAACAUAUAUAAAAUCCGGAUGGAAUUAGUGUUGUACCUGAGAACUCGAAAACCCGAAGGCCACCGCUAGUUUAUGUGGAAAAUGUGAUUUCUUCAUUGGAAAAUUUGCAAAAAUAGAACAAAAAAUCAGCCUCUUUGUCCCUUUAAUAUAAAACACUUUUUGUCCUUUUCUCCUUUUUACUCUUUACAUUUUCAAAACCUAUGAAAUAGUUUUACCCUUUAGGAUAAAAAAUGGUUUUCUGAAUCAAAACAAAUUAUUAAAAAAAUAGAAAAAUUAGAUGAAAUACCCAUAUACACAAACUUGUAUUUUUUUGGGUUGAAAAACUUGUUAAAUUAAAAUUUUAAAUUUUGUUUUACGGAAAGUAGAUUUCAUAUUCUACAAAAGAUGGUUUGGUAGAAAUUGAAUUCCAGGUUAAACAACUUGAUCUACUUUCUCUAGAACCAAUAUUCUACUUUUAAAUAAAAUUCUAAAUAUAAAGAAUGUGAAGUCUACGCAUUGUAAAGGUGACUAUAUUUUCUUUGAAUGCAGAUUCUACUUUAAUAAGCAAUUCUAAAAUUCUAGGAAUACGAAAUCUACACACAAUUCAAAAGACUACAUAUAGUAGAAUCUGCUUAUGAAAUUGUUUUAUGGUUUCUACGCAGUGUAGAAGGUACAUUCUACGAAUAAGAAAACCUGAUUUCCGAAAAUUUUGGAAGUUCAGUUAUGUAAAUAUUCCAAGAAAAUAUUUUUAGUCUUCUAACUAUCCUAAAACGUGUAGAGGCCAGGCCGAUUUCUUUGUCAAAAAAAAAUUGAUUUAACCUUUUCUUCUUCUUCAAACUAUGAUUUCUCUAGAGUUUUUCUUUUGAUUUUCACACACUUUUGUUCUAUGAUGCAUAUCUAUACGACAUGUGGUGUAUGAAAAUUAGGUGCAACAACGGGAUAGAUUUUUUCAGCUGAUGACAAAAGGGGUAGGUUACUGUUAUUGGAAUCGAGUUUUACCUUAGAGGAUUUAAAGAGAAUGUUUUUGGAAGAUUUUGGUAUUGAAGAAGAUAGCUUAGCCGAUUUGGAGUUGAGUUAUAUCCUUACUGAGUUGAUCAAUUCAUCAACAUAUCCACCUGUGAGCAACGACCGACAGCUUAAGAAUUUUGUUGUUUUUGUUAAAAAGAAUGUCUAGACUCGAUUGUGUGUAACAUAUAGAGCCAAGGCUGAGAAUCGGAAUGAAGCAGAAUUUGAUCUUAACAAAGUUGCCAACAGAUUCAAGUACUGAUGAAAAUGAGGAAAACUCGUUUUACAGAAGGGACGAAUCAGAGAUGCAUAGCGAGAAGAAGAAAUAAAAGAUGAAACGUGUCAAAUUUGAUGGGGAGGAGGCCUAUGAUGCUGAUACCAUGAUCUCUAAAAAAUAUAAGAGAAACAAUAUGUCCAAGAUUUCUUUGCUCAAAGUUGUUAAGAAGGGACAACUUUUAUGAGAACAAAACUUUGCUGAAAAUGAGUUUCGAGAUUUGUGCAAUGAAGCAUAACUUCAAUUACCAAGUUAUCAAAUCAGAGAAAGAAGUUUGGUAUAUUAGAUGCACGGAUAAUGCAUGCAAUUGGAGUAUUAAGCAAAGUGUUUGAAUGAAUCUACAUAUUUCAUUUUCAAAAAGUAUGUUGGUGCACAUACAUGCGCACUUUCAAGCAAAACCAAAAGGGGUAAGACUGCUUCGACCAAAACUAUAGACAGUCUGAUUAUGCAUAAGUAUGAAAGCGUCAAGGAAGGGCCAAAAUCUAAUGAUAUCAUACAGAUUAUGCAUAUGGAUUACAGAUGUGAGAUCACAUAUUCUUUAGCAAGGGAUGCACGUGAAUAUGUGGUCAAUGCAGUUAGAGGUAUUCUGGAGACAAGUUAUGGGAAAAUGCCGAAAUACUUGCACAAGUUGAGAGAGGCUAAUCCGGAUACACAUUCAUCGUAUGAGAUCGACAGCAAUGGGAGAUUUCGGUACAUGAUUAUUGCAUUUGGGAAAUCAAUAUGAGGAUUUAACAUAGUCAUGAGGCGGGUGGGUUAUUGCGGUUGACGGGACUUUUUGAAGAAUUGGUUGCAACUGCUGUAGAUGGAAAUUAUAAUUUGCAUCUUAUUGCAUUUGGGGUAGUCGACUCAGAGAAUGAGCAUUCUUUGAAAUGGCUUAUGAGACAACUAAAGGUUGUCAUUGAUGAUGAUCAUCAUUUGGCUUUUAUUUCAGACAAACAUGGGGCCAUCGCUAAGACGCUUGAGAACAUGUAUCCAACAGGUAGUAUACAUGGUAUAUACAUUUAUCAUUUGUUAAACAAUUUGGUAACAUAUUCCAUGGAAAGGACUUGUUCGAUUGGUUUCAAAGGCGUCAAAGGCUUUGGAGAUAAAACUUUAAAAAUAGAAAGACACUAAUUUAGUUGUUGUUUUGAAAUUUUUGAUGUAACUUUUGUUAAUGCAAGAAACAAGAACUUGAUAUGAAUUUUAAGUGAGUAGCAAAUGAUUUUGUCCAUAAUUAUAUGUAUAUUAUCUAAUUGUGAGCAAUAAGAAUCAUUAAUAUAAAUAUUUUAAAUAAAAAGAGAUAAAUAAACAAGAAAUAUAAAGUUAAGUAUACUUAUGUUUGGUGAUCUUCGGAUAUCCAUUCGGUUUUGGAUAUUACCCGUACGGAUUCAGAUAUUACCCGAACCGGUGAAAUAAGUAAUUUGUUUGGUUGUUCUAAUUAGAUGAUUUUUAGACCGAGCUGGUAAAUAUAUACUAGACAAACAUUUAUAUUUCGAGUCUGCACUUGCAUUCUAUAACAGCUUGAUAUAUUAAAUUUGAACAUUAACCUGUUAAUAUAGUUUGCCGAUGAUUUUUAUUUCAAAAUUUUGAUUCUUAGAUAUGAAUAUGGAGUGAAACUAAUUUUUACAUGUGUCCAACUUUUUUAAUUGACGCUUAUGUAAUUCACUAAAUUCAUAAAAAACAUUUAAAAAGGAAACUUAACUCAUAUCAAUGAAACAAAGACGAGAACAAAAGCACAAUU